AUGGAUGCAUGCUCAGAGUCUCGGCAGAGGAAAGAUGGCGCCUUCCACUUCCCUGUGUUCCACAGGAAGCACCCGUGUGUUGACGAAGACCCAUCGACGAUCCACGCAGCAAGCGUAUCAGACGCAGGCACCGUGAUUGGGAACGACAAGAUCCAUCAAGGCAAGUACUUCAUGGCCAUCAGGCUGGGCACCCCUGCCGUCUUCAACCUCGUCACCAUCGACACCGGCUCCACCCUCUCCUGGGUCAACUGCAAGAGGUGUCGGAUACGGUGCCACGAGCAGGCGGCCGAAGCUGGCCCCAAGCUGGACCCUCACCGCUCCGCCACGUACCGUCACGUCGGCUGCUCCGACGAGGACUGCCUCGACAUCCAGGCCGACAACGGCGUCCCCUACGGCUGCGUCGACGAGACGGACACCUGCCUCUACGGCCUGCGCUACGGGUCGCAGUACUCGGCGGGGAAGCUCGGGAGGGACAGGCUCGCCCUGGGCGACAACUACACCAUCGUCGACGACUUCGUCUUCGGGUGCAGCGAGGACGACAUGUUCUACGGCCUCGAGGCGGGCGUCAUCGGCCUCGGCGACAAGCGUUACUCCUUCUUCAACCAGAUGGCACGGCUGACGACCUACAACGCCUUCGCCUACUGCUUUCCCGGCGACCACCGCGCCGAGGGGUUUCUCAUCGUCGGGCCGUACCCGCAGAAGCUGGAGCUCGUCACGACAUUGAUCAGGGGGUACGGGCGUAGGCAGCACGUCUACUCGGUUCUGCUGCUGGGCAUCGCCGUCGACGGGAAGCCUCUGGAGGUCGACGGGCGCCAGAUCCUGGUGGUCGACUCUGGGACCGAUGACACCUUCGUCUCGUCCUCAGUUUUUUAUGCUCUCGCCGAGGCGAUAGCGUCGGCGAUGCAAGAUAAGGCGUAUUACCGUGAGUACGGUCGGAAGGUCUGCUUCAGGCCUGCCGGCGGCGAGCCGGUGAACUGGAGGAGCUUGCCGACGGUGCAGAUGCAGCUCCUAAGGGCUACGCUGGAACUGCCGCCGGAGAAUGUGUUCCAUCAGCAGUCAACUGAUCGCAUAUGUUUGGCGUUCCAGUCGAAUGACGCUGCUGGCGUGCCGGAUGUUCAGAUUCUAGGGAACAAAGCCCUGAGACCUUUCAGGGUUGUCUAUGAUCUGCAGAAGAUGACCUUUGGCUUCCAAGCCCGGGCGUGUUGA